AUUAUAGUUGAUAUUUCACGAGGAGAAGGUUAAUGGGAGUUGUGUUGAGUUUUUGCGGGCGUGUGGGACCGCGGGGGCCGCGCAUGCGCUCUAUCUUUGUUUAGUUUCCAAUCUGAUCAGCUGUAGCAAUGCACAAGCUAAAAUCAGCCCAGAAAGAAAAAGUGAAGCAAUUUAUUUCCUUCACCCAGGCAGGCGAGAAAACAGCAAUCUACUGCCUUGCUCAGAAUGACUGGAAACUCGAGCUGGCUUCAGACAACUUCUUUCAAAAUCCUGACUUAUAUUACAGAGAACAGCGGCCGUCAGUCGACAAGAAAAAACUAGAUCACCUAUAUAACAGAUAUAAAGAUGCAAGCGAACCAAAUAAAAUUCUUGUUGAUGGGGUCAUGCGGCUGCUCGAUGACCUUGACUUAUCUCCAGACUCGCGUCUUGUGCUCAUCAUGGCGUGGAAGUUACGGGCAGCAACACAAUGUGAAUUUACGCGAGAUGAGUUUAUGAAUGGAUUUACUGAAUUAGGGUGUGACAGUAUAGAUAAACUCAAAGCUAAGCUUCCAACGUUGGAACAUGAGUUGAGAGAUACGGCAAAGUUCAAGGAUUUCUACCAGUUCACAUUUAAUUAUGCACGGAAUCCUGGACAGAAGGGCCUAGAUUUGGAUAUGGCGCUAGCUUACUGGAAUAUUGUUCUUCAAGGAAGAUUCCGCUUACUCAGUUUAUGGUGUCAGUUUCUCCAGGAACACCAUAAACGGUCCAUACCAAAGGAUACUUGGAACCUUCUCCUGGACUUUGCCUUGAUGAUUAAUGAAGAUAUGUCUAACUAUGAUGAGGAGGGAGCGUGGCCUGUGCUAAUUGACGAUUUUGUUGAAUAUGCAAGACCAAUUGUCACAGGGCAACCGACUCAAGUCUAGGGGAUGGGUAGAUGUGCUGCUAGAACUCAUAACAGCUCAAGAACUUUAAUUUCUUUUUACAAGACCAGUGUGUGGGAUUUUAAUGUAAGAAGUGAAUUCUAAAGACAAGAUUCUAAAAAUCUGUGUUACCAUCAUUUAGUAAAUUAAAUACAGUAUGUUGCAAAAAUGUGGUAUUUUUUAAUUGCUUGGAUCAUCGAGAGACGUACCAGUCGUUAAUGCAAGUGGUUUAAAAAUGCCGAAAUAAUGAAAAUUAUCAUUGGUGGUGUUUUCAUACACAGAAAACAGCAAAAUCUAAAAACAUUUAAAAGUAUUAUGCAAAUACAGUAGUUACAUAAUUCUCAACCAAAUAGCAUUUACUCAAGGAAACAAAAAUGCAGUUGAGAAUAUGUAUGGGCCUGUUGCAAGCAAUAGCAGUUGGUCUUAACUGAAUACAAACCUGAAACAUCUUUUCAAAUUUCUUAUAUGUUGCUGAAGUCCAUUAAAAGAAAAUAAUAGAAAGUGACAGGGUACAGUCAGUUUGCUUGUCUUUAUUUUGAAGAGAAGCCAUUGUAUAUUUGUGAGCCUGUAGCUAGAAAAUCAGCAUUAUUUUUAUCUUUGGGCAAGAAAGGAUGUCUUCAUCACAUUGCCUUCUAGAAACUUAAAUUCCUCAGAUUGCAACCAUAUGAAAAAAAUCUUGAAGUUAAAUUCCCUAUGUUUGACCGGAGCUUAUUAAAUAACACGUGGUCACUAACUGCAGUAAAUAUAGUGUGUAUAAACUUUAGACUGGAAAUUAGCUUGCAGUUUUUAAUUCUUUCCUGCUUAUUUCCAUGGUGAAUAUCAAUUGACACCUGAGGGCAUUUUGUACAGCCUAGCUCUAUUGUAGCUAGAGAUGUUCAUCACUUAUUCAGGUUUGAGGAUUUUUGUUGUGUUAGAGUUAACCAUUGUACAGUAUAUGAAUUUCUUGCGUUGCUAAAAGGCAAAUGUUUAACUCUUUACUAUGAACCAUAAUAGCAUGGCAAUACUGAAAUCAAAGAGUUUGUGAAUACCUCUGCAUCACUUAAAUCAUAAUUACAUUUUUACCAGUCUCCAAUAUAUUUUUUUUUAUUAUUAUUAUAUAUUCUGUUGUCAAGUAAUUAGUAGAUUUGUACUACACUUUACUUGGUAUGCAAUUUUAAAAAGUGCUUUGUAUGAAUUAGAGAUCAAGACUUUUUAAAUCAACAUAAGUAAUUUUAUUAUUGUUGAAUAUAUGUAACAUGAUAUGCAUUUUGGUCUGAAGAUUAUUUUGCUCAUUGAUAUAUUAAAGUAUUUGAUCAGUCCCAAUUUUAAUAUACAAAAUAUUCAAAUGCACGUGUGUGCGCUUGUGAGUAGGUACUAUCAUGUGCAAGUACAGCCAUGUGCAUGUAACCACGUGGGAGGAGCCACAACCAUGUGGGGGUGUAGCCACAACCAUCCUUGCACAUGUAGCCACAAUAAUUGGUGCGUGUAGCCACAACCAUCCUUGCACGUGUAGCCACAGCCAUGUGUCUGCUCAUACAUUGCUCUACUCUAAUAAUUUGGUCUCUUCUAUAAUUUGAGGGGCACUUCCAUAAUUUCUUGGAUAAUGCUGUAAAGUAGGACAUUUUAUAAUAUUGGAAUUUCAUGCUGUGAUAUAUUUGGGAAUAUCUGUAAGACAAAGUAUGUCUUUGACCUUUUUCAAAGUCAGCCAAUUAAUAAGAGUUUUUCAGUCGUUAAUUGCACUGUCAUUAUAAUGUCAAAUAAUUGGCUCUUCUCUCUCACAUGUAUCAUAUCUUAGAAACUUGCACUGUUCAGAGUUAAUCAAGAUUAUGGUAUCAAAAUAGUGUACUGUACUGGUAUACUCUAGUAGCAUGCAAUACAGCUUUCUAAUAUGAAAAUCUUAAUAUGGCCAGAUAGUUACCCAAGCAGUACAGGAGUGUCAGGUGUUGAGGAAUCUUCAGAGUGGACUGUUCCUAAGUUUCUAAACCUACCGUACAAGCUGAAUAAUUUGCGAGUCCCAUUUUUGUCAUAGAGAGUUGUGGGGAGCUUCGAUUUUAUACAUCCUAACAAUAUUGUGGCAUUCACUAACACAUUUCCCAUACCCAAUGUUAUGGGAGCUUGUUGUGCAAGAGGCCAGGAGUUGUUUAAAUAUAUCCAAAAUAAAUAAAUAUAUAAUUUUUUUUGUACAGUACUGUACUUUGAAGACAAAAAUAUGAAUGGAAUUUACUGCAUCCAUUGAUGUCAUGACUGCUUUUAUGACACUAAAGAAUGGCAACUUAAUUAUAGAAGUCAGAUAUUUUGUAUAUAUUCAAUCUAAUGUAAAUAAAUUUUGUUGAUAUAAAUUCUAAGUCCAAAUUUCACCAAACUAGGAACUCCCAUCAUUCAUUUCAGUGACUAAAUUCUUAGCUAUAUAUAGAAAUUCAUUUCAUGGCUGGUAACAAAAAAAAAAAAAAGAAAAAACUAACCCUAUUAAAGUAGUGGUUGCAUCUUCAAAUGAUUAUUGUGUUCAAUACUUUAAAAAGCCGUUGAGAAGUUUGUUAGGGGAAACUUGAAAGGUAUUAUGAAGAAAACUAAUGUCAUGUUGGAUACAAAAUAUUGUGAUUGUGUACAUUAGGUGUGCCCACUUCAUAUUGAAUUGGGGUAUUUAAAUGAUAGGUUAUUUUGAUACUUUGACAAUUACCAUAUGUUAAGGAUUUUUUUUUCUAUCUGAAAAACAAAUUUUGUUACAACAGCGAAAUCACCUUUUUUUUUUUAGCCAUUUCAGUUUAGCUUGAGCAUCAUUUUCAUUAAUGAAGUGAUUUCUGCAAGUUGUGAACUCGUAGCACUACAACAUGCCUCCUCGUAUCAGACCCCCUCCAUGCCUGUGUGAAGUUGACAUAACAGGUAAAUACUGACUGUUCUGUAAUACUUUCUACACUUGUAAAUAAAAAAUUUUGAUUACUGGA